ACCACCAUCCCGUUCAGUGGCUCUCCAGACCUGGCAAUGGAUACGUGCACUCGCGCGCUCUCCUAGGCGUCGUUCACUCGCGAGCGACCCGGCUGGCGCGUGUUCACUCGCCCUUCACCCCCAUGUGCGUGUUGGCGUUGUGACCAGUGAACAAGUGAAUCUUGAAAGAUAACACAAGCAGUGUUGUGAGGUGUGGUGACAGGUGUGGUGUGCUUGCACUCGAGGCAGAGGGAAGCACCAGAGUGCCCCUCUGGAGUGGCACUGCUAUUGGCCAUGAGUGACGGAGCUACGUGACACUGGCUGGGGUUCCUGCUACUGCUCUUGUGGCAGCAUGACAGGCGGGGAGGGACAGGGCGGCGACAGGUCGUCCAGGCACCACCACGACUUCUGCCCCAAGACCUUGAGGUCGUCGACAACGACAACGCGCAGGGACGACGCGUCGCUUAAGCUGGCCAGCACGACGACAGACGACUGCAUUAGGGAGCUUGAGGCUACGACUCGACACCUCAACAUCUCCCUCGACACCUUCAUGGAGGAUGAGAGCGUCGAGGGCGCCGACUCGGCCUUCGAGGAGGAGUCUUCAGACUACUGGAUGAGUCCAGGCUUGACACGGCAGAACUCGUACUUGGAGUCCGUGCCGGAGGAGCACGGCAGUCCGAGCCGCCGUGCCUCCCUUCUGGAGGACGACCUCAAGGAUCCUCUCAGCCGCCGCCCCUCGAGGGACUCCCGAGGACAGUACUCCCGCCGAGGCUCAGCCUUGGAGGAGCAGGAGUCACGUGAGCCCUUAGGGCGGCGCGACUCCCUACUGGAGGCGGUGCUGGCGGCGAAAAAGGGCGGGUGGCGAGGCCUGGUGAGGACAGACAGUGUUGAGAGUGGCGCCUCUAUGGCCUCUUCCUUGACCUCCGUCAGUAGCAGCAGCGACGGGUCGUCGUGCCCCUGCGACGACUGCUUCCUGGGCCUCACCGACCUCCUCCUCGCCUCUCCCUCUCAACCCUCACGACCUAAGAAGCCGUCCAAUUGGCGGAAGGUUCGGAAUAUUGUCCAGUGGACUCCCUUCAUUCAGACUUACAAGAAACACAAAUAUCCCUGGGUACAGCUCGCUGGGCAUCAGGGUAAUUUCCGAGCUGGAUAUAAGCAAGGAACCAUCCUGAAGAAGUUAUGUCCUGUAGAGGAAAAGGCAUUAGAGUCCAUUUCUGCAGAUAUUUUGCGGCCUUAUGUUCCGCGUUACACAGGAGUGGUUGAAGGAGCAGAUGGAGAAAAAUACCUCCAGCUCGAAGACUUACUGAGUAACUAUGCUCUUCCCUGUGUAAUGGAUAUUAAAAUGGGUGUUCGAACAUAUCUGGAGGAUGAGCUGGCUAAGGCAAGAGAAAAACCUAAAUUAAGAAAGGAUAUGUAUGAGAAGAUGAUACAGAUAGACCCUAAAGCUCCCACUGAAGCUGAGCAGAGAGCAAAGGCAGUCACCAAACCCAGGUAUAUGGUGUGGCGUGAAACAAUAUCGUCUACAGCUACUCAAGGCUUCCGAAUAGAGGGUGUGAGAAGAGGUGACGGAACUUCCAGUAAAGACUUCAAGACAACACGAUCAAGAGAACAAGUUCUAUCAGCUCUCAAUAGCUUCUUACAAGGCUAUCCUCAUGCUGCUAGUCGCUACGUCCAGCAACUGAAAUCAAUUAAAGCCACACUUGAAAUAUCUCCCUUCUUUAAAACCCACGAGCUUAUAGGCAGCUCUCUUUUGUUUGUUCACAAUGAUACUUCAGCCUUAGUUAGAAUGAUAGACUUUGCCAAGACCAUUCCACUACCAGAAAAUGUGCACAUAACCCACCAGAGCCCCUGGUCAGAGGGAACACAUGAAGAUGGGUAUUUACUAGGUCUGGACAACCUCAUUGAUUUAUUCUCUGUAAUGGAAAAGAACCUAACCACAAAUGGUGAAACCUCUAAAUCAGUGUCAUCUUCCUCUUCUGACAAGACCAACAGCAGCACCACAGGGACUCCUUCGACCUCCGAUAAGACGAACAGCAGCAUCACAGUGACGUCUUCCUCCUUCGACAAGAUGAAGAGCAGCAGCAGCAGCCUCACGGCUAUCUCCCCAAGCAUUAACAACCUCAGUGCACAAGCAAUCAGUACCAAGCCAAGCUAGGUCUGCUCUACACUACAAGUAUAAAAGAAAACAAUGUACAAAUCCUCAGCUCUGUCGUACAUUUACUGAAAUUGGCCAUUUGUGUUUGUGAAGUUGUUACAGAAUGGUUGUUGUGUAUGUUUUGCAGCUCAUACAGUGAGAAAAUUAUUUCAUGAAAUGUGUGCCAUUAUUAAGACAUUUCUUAGUGACAUCUUAGAUAGGUUUUACUGUGAUGCAGAUAUAGACAGUACUGAAUAUGUGUUUGCUGUGCGGCACUAAUGGACCUUGCCUCUUGAAAGGUGUAUUUAUCCCCAUGCAACCUCUUGGGACUAGUCAUAAUCUUUUCCAUAUAUAUUUCAAAUAGUCGAGUCCCAUCUCCAAAUUCAAGGAUAGUAUUUGUAUUUGUGCCUUUUGUGUAUAUAUUUAUAUAUAUUGUACAUAGCCUUGAAUACCUCGUAUUAUGUCAUGUCAUGAAGUAACUUGACAGUUAUGUUGACUGUUACGACUGAAUACUAAUGCAUAGUGUAAUGCAUGCUCCGCUGUUAGGAAGCAUACCAAAAGUCAGUAUCAGUUAGUCAGCUCUAUUAAUUAAUGUCUUGAAAAAUAUCUUUUGAUAUUUAUUAAAAAUGUGUUUCAUCAUUAAACAUUAAUUUAUU